ACCUGUUCACUGGGAUACGAGAACAUUGCAGGAGGAUACGAGCAACUUAUAGUUGACUGGCUACAAUUCCAAUUAACACGUAUAUUGGACCCAAAGAUAUAAUUUUUGUAACUCCCGGAAAAGAUUCACAGUACACGAAAGGGCUGAAAUGCAAGCUUCAGUCAAAUUAGCUCUGUUUUCUGCUUCUCACAAGUCACGCUUGUAGAAUUUGAGUGAAUCCAAGGAAUUACUGAAUCCAGAAUGCAGAGGCUUACUGUCUUUUUGUGUUGCAUUUGGAUUGGAAGUCUGAUGUAUGGAGAAAUGGUGGCAUUCUGGCGGCCUUAUUGGAAAUGCUCAUGGCCUCCCCUUCAACAGAACUUAACGGAAGUGCCUCAUUCUCACGAGGGAUUCAAGGUUGCAGUUAUAACUGAUCCACAGCUUACAGACUAUACUUCUCAUGGACUUACUCCAGGAUCAUUUGCAGUUAAAGCUAUACAGUUUUUCACUGAUAUUUACAUGCGACGUUCGUUCCGCACCUCUUUGCUAUCUUUUGAACCAGAUGAGAUUAUAUUUUUAGGGGAUCUUUUUGAUGGCGGACCUUACCUUUCAGACAAGGAAUGGAAAGAAUCUGCAGAACGUUUUGAACAUGUGUUUGAUCAGACUCAAAGAGGCUCAAAAUCAAGAUUGACUGGCAUUCCAGUUCACUAUCUCUCAGGGAACCAUGAUAUUGGUUAUGCGGGGUUUCAUUCCCACAAACGAGAGGUUAUUGAACGAUUUGAGAAAGUGUAUGGAGAGACUAAUUAUCGGAUGAAGAUUGGAAGUGUGGAAUUUGUUAUCGUUAAUGCUCAGACUCUUGAUGGAUCUAUGAAUGAAAAUUCUACCUCUAGUUCAUGGAACUUCAUUCAAAACAUAUCAGCAGAUGCAAAUCCACUCCCAAGAAUUCUCUUGACUCACAUUCCACUUUACAGACCAAAUGACACACCUUGUGGUGCAUAUCGUUCUUCACCAAUUAUAAACCAGAGAAUUUCAAAUGGAAGAUCUGGUAUUCAAGGAAUAAUGUAUCAGAACUAUCUGAGUGAGGAUACAUCAGCUCGCCUUUUGGAUCUUAUAAAGCCUAUUCUUGUUCUUUCAGGCCACGAUCAUGACCAAUGUACAGUAUCUCAUCCAACACCAAAUGGGCCUGUUAUAGAGCAUACAGUUGGGACCUUCAGUUGGCAGCAGGGUAACUUGUACCCAUCAUUCAUGUUGUUAUCUGUGAGUGCACUAUCAUCUUCUACAACAAGCAACCCCGAGGGAAUUGUAUCAACUAAUUUGUGCUUUCUUCCUAUGCAAACACACAUAUAUUUGUGGUAUGCAAGUUUGUUCAUUAUAACUGUUUUUCUUCUCCUUUCUUGGCCAACAAGUGGUGUGGACUUGUCAUAUUGUUUCAGAAAAUUGACAGAACUUGCAGCAACAGCAAUUAGAACCACAUCAAAAGGUGGCGUAAAAGUAAAGGAUGAGGAUGCAAAUUAUGAAUAUGACAUGGUUUGGGAUGCAGAAGGUGUCAUGCAUCUGAUCCGGAAAGGAUACUCGAAACUUUCAAAUGCCAAUCAUGGCGAAGUUAGAUCCUCUGCAAGAGGCACAGUUGUAGCACGGCCAGCUGCAAAGAAGCAAACAACGCCAGAAUCUGAUUCCUCUUGUGUACAAAUUGAGUCAGAAACAAAUUUGGAGCAGAUCCCAAAAGGCCCAAGAAUGACUAAAGGAAAGAUGAGCUACAUUGUUCAACGGUUAUUUCGAACACUCCAUAACAUUGCAGUCCUUGCAGCUGUCAAUCUUCCACUCUAUAUGAUGUUGUUGAUCAAGGACUGGACAUGAUUAGUGCAGAUUUUUUUUUUUUCAAAUGAGAAUGUCUGUAAUGAGUUGAGCAGAAUUUUGGAUUCUAUACUAUUUCUCUUUAAUACAAAACUUUUGAUUUUU